AUGGCGAAGACCGCGGGCAACAAGGCGCAGCACCCUUGCUGCAGCAUCUGCGCGGAGCCGACGGCGCCGUCGGACUUCCACCGCGGCGGCAGCGCCUGCGCGCACGCCUUCUGCGGGGCGUGCAUCACGGGCCACGUCCGCGCCAGGCUCGAGUCCGGCCCCGGCGCCGCCGCCGCCGUGCGGUGCCUUUACGCGUCCUGCGGCGGCAAGCUCGACCCGGAGCUGUGCCGCGCCGCGCUCCCGGCCGACGUGUUUGAGCGGUGGUGCGCCGCGCUGUGCGAGUCUAUGUUCGUCGGCGCGCGCAGGACCUACUGCCCCUUCCCCGACUGCUCGGAGAUGAUGGUGGCCGACGACGAGGACGAGGAGGAGGACGACGAGGAGGGUGAGGGUGGGAAGCCCGUGACGCAGUCGGAGUGCCAGGUGUGCCGGCGGCUGUUCUGCGCCCAGUGUGCCGUGCCGUGGCACGCGGACGUCGACUGCGCCGCGUACAAGAGAGGGGACAGGAGCAGGGAGGACCUGAUGCUGAUGGAGAUGGCCAGAGAGAAGAAGUGGAGGCGGUGCCCCAAGUGCGACUUCUUCGUGGCAAAACGGGAUGGCUGCCUGCACAUUUAUCACAGGUGUGACUUUCAGUUCUGCUAUGGAUGUGGCGCUAAGUGGAGGUCUGCUGGGUGUUCUUGUGAUGACGAGGAGCAUGAUGAGAGUGAGGAUGAAGAUGAUCUCGUUGACAUGUGAGCAUGUGACCAUUAUGAUAUACUCCCUCCGUUCCUAAAUACUUGUCUUUCUAGGCAUUUCAACAAAUGACUACAUACGAAGCAAAAUGAGUGAAUCUGCACUCUAAAAUAUGUCUACAUACAUCCGUAUGUAGUAGUCAUUUGAAAUAUCUAGAAAGACAAAUAUUUAGGAACGGAGGGAGUAUGUGUCACAUGCCAUGGUGUUAUGAAAUUCAGGCUGGUUAGAGAAAUAUUUUGAAGUAUUAUAUGGUACGUACGUGCUAGAGAGAUUGAAACACUUAAUGUUUUUGCUACAUGCAAUUCUGAAACUUUUGUUGAUAUAGUAAACAUUGUUCUUCAGCAUAGUGUGAA